AUGGAAACCCCCAGUACUGCAAAGACGGCCGCUGUUGCUACCGCCAUCAAGCCAGACAUUCCCGUCACCGUGACGGUUCCGGAUUCGCAGGAAUCAAAUGCUCAUGUCCCCGUCCUCCGACCCAAGCGCAUCAGUGCCAGCCAGACCAGCACUCACCCAGCCCUCAACGCCGCCGCAAACCUCAUCGACAUAACCGGAGGCCACCACCCAUACGGCCUCGCCCCGGCCCCAACAUUCCAAACCAGCCGCCGCCGCCGCUCCACCCUCACGCACGCACCCCCACUUCUCCUCGGCGCCGGCACCCAGCGAAAACACCACAGCCACCUCGGCGCACACCCUUCGUCACCACAAACUCCCCGCGGAACAGGUAUUCUCCGCAUGCCGAGCCAACAAGCUGAGAAAGACGCCGUCGAUACUUUACUCUUCAUGAGUAGUCCGAACAACUCACAACGGCUUCCUACCUCCGCCCAAACUAUGCCCAUGCCUAGUCCACUGCGUGCUGAGGCGCCUCAACGACGCGUCAUGUUUGAGACAUAUCCAAUCUGUUAA